AUGCGGCGUCGCGCCAAUCAGGCCAUCACCACAGCUAUGGACCUUGGCUUGAACAGACUAGGAGCUGCAGCGACCGAAGCACAGCGUCGGGCAUGGUGGAGUGCGAUGUUCAUGCUUAUUCUAUCGUCCAUUGAUCAUGAAACCCCACCUAUAAAUUCUCUUGGUGACCAGAGAAUAACUACUCCUUAUCCUUCAUUUCACAAUCAACCAGAGCUAUGGCCAUUGCUGCUCCAGGCUGGAGCCGCCAUCCUAUCUGUCUCGCAGACUCUGCGUAACCACAACGCCCACUCAACAGUAGAACCGUCUUCAUCGUCGAAUAUCUCCGCGAAGAUCACACAACUUGACUCUAAUCUAUCCAAGCUGACGCGGAAGCUAGACCGCUCGCCACAGCUUGAAUCCGGGAUUAGUGUCGACACACAAGGGCUGCGAACUAUGUGGGCAAUUGCCCAGGCCCUGGCCUAUUCGGCCCGUGUACGAUUACAUCGAGUGCGUGUCUUCACCGACAUCCCCUUAUAUAUCAACAAUCACUGUGACUUGAUUUCCUACCAGGAGACCAGAAACCCGUCCCAAACACUCUCCAGUGGGAUCUUUACGUCAAGCGUAUUCCCGUUCACGGAAGCGCAAUCCUCCCUGAUCUGUCUCAAAGCAUCCCUGGCCAUGGUGCGUGCCUAUGAAAGAGUCGCAAUAUUUGCUGAGGGUGGUCCUACUGUUACUUCUCGUGCUACAACUACCCCACCCCAAGCGCAUAUUGUACUGCCAUUUUUCAUGUGCGGAGCGAUGCAGGCUUCGUAUGUCUUGCUCAUAACACACUACCGACUCCAAGUGUCGCUGCGGUCAAAGGAUCAGGGGUCGACAUACAGUCACCUGCUUCAUCAUCCCGAGCCGGGAUUCGAGGUCCAGGAUACGGAGCGAUUGCUGCGCGAGCUGCGGCAGGGCAUUGACUCGGUCCUUAGGGUUGUGAGGUUGGCGACCAUGUUUGAAGGGAUCAGAGGCAUGGGCGAGGAGAUCCAGGCGGCGUACCACGGUGUUUGUGCGGGGGACUUCUGA